AUGGAUUGGUCAACUGGUGGUAAUGCUGACGGAAAGGCAGACAAACUGACGGUUGUUUUGAUAAGAACUGCUAGCGAUACGGAUCAUACAGAAAUAGAGAAGCUCGUGGCGGAAGUGGUACGCUAUGUCAUUUUCAAAACUCAUCAGAACUCGGGAUGUCCGAUUAAGAGAGAGGAACUUGUUCACUUGGUUAAAAACUAUUCUCAGCGUAAUCUUCCUGCUUUUGUGAUUAAUGCGGCCAGCGAGAAGCUCUCAAGCGUUUUUGGCUAUGAAUUGAGAGAGCUUCAAAGGUCCCGUCCUGCCUCAGCAAAUCUCGGUCGACCUUCUCAAAACACUCUGAUGAUGUACUGUCCAGGUGUUGCGACCCAAAAUCUAUAUUCUUGUAAGUCAGCUACCGCCAGAGUUGUAAAGAAAUAUGUUGAAGAUGUAAAUACAGCACAUCUAACUGGUUUUACGUUUGUUAUAGUUAGUAUUGUGCAUCUUGCUGGAGGCAAAAUCCCAGAAGAAAAUCUUUGGCGCCAUUUAAAGCGCAUGGGAUUGUGUGAAAAUGAUGUAAACCAUCCGGUGUUUGGAAAUAUCAAGCAAGCAUUGGAGACACUGGUCCAGCAAAGAGUCUAA